AAAGUGAUGCCGAUGGGGAAUUUGUGUGACGCUGUGUGUUCUGGAAAGAGCGCACCUCUCCAAUCUCCACCAAUCAGCCCACAAGGUUCUGACUGAACCCACUUUUCCACGAGUCCGUGAAUGCAGCACCGCUGCUCCCUGCAGAGCUCCUGCGAGAUCAACACUUCGGAAUUGGCUGCAAAAGUUUUGCACUUAGGAGCAGGUUCAUUGCAACGUUCUUUAAAUGCAACUUUUCCAAUUUAUGGAGCUGAGCAAUUUCAGACUGCGACUUGCGGUGUUUAUUAUCGCGAUAUUGUAACUCAAGUUGCAUUUGCGACAUCAGUCCAGGGUCGGGAAUGACUUUCACGGUUGUUCUCCUUGCACUGCUUGGUGUUUUGACGCACGGUUGCCAGCUUCCGUCCGAGUGGCGGCCACUGAGCGAGGGAUGCCGAGCGGAGUUGGCCGAAAUCAUCGUGUACGCUCGGGUUCUGGCCAUCCACCGAGAGCCCCUCGGUGGCGGGGCGGACAGCCUCUACAACUCGCUCCCCGUCGGAUUUGGAUACGGAUACGAGGGCGCGGAGGAAGGGCUGCUGUACUCGGCGGAGGUGGAGCUGCUGUGCGACCAAGCCUGGGGGAGCAUGCUGGAGGUCCCGGCGGGGUCCCGGCUUAAUUUCACCGGGCUGGGCUACCUCUCCUGUCAGUCUCACACGGUGAUGGAGAACUACUCCUACUUCUUCUUCCUCAGGAUGGACGAGAACUACAACAUCCUGCCCCACAGCGUCAACUUCCAGGACGCCAUCUUUCCCGACACGGCCGACAACCGGCGCACCUUCUCCAGCCUCUUCCAGUUCUCCAACUGCACCCAGGGGAGCCAGCCGUUCCACACCUUCAGUCCCGAGUGGGACACUGUGGAGGACAGCAGGCUGCUGUGCUCCUCCGUGCAGGCGGCGCUGUUCGACGAGGAGGAGCGAUGCCGCGAGCUGCGGGAGCGCCUGGCCGCCGCCGAGCGCAGGAACAAGCAGCUGAAGGGGCGCGUCCGCAAGGUGAAGCGCUCCCUGAGGAACGCCCGCAAGGCCGCGCGCAAGGCCGAGCAAGAGGCGCAGGACCUGCUGGUGAAGCUCAAGGCGGCCGAGCGUCAAGCCGGCCAUCACCUCAACACCGUCACCCAGGAAGAACCUCCACCAGGGCGAUACGCCGGCCCGGCCAUACGCCAGAGAAUGCAACUCUGAUGGACCGCAUGAAACUUGCCUGUCUAAGUGGACAGCGAGAGACUGCUGGGCGGUCUUUAUGGACUAAAACUAUCAUGGAGCUUCUGUAAAUAAAAUACUGUACGCAUGAUUACUACUGUGGCGGGCAGUGCAUUUUUGCCUGGGCCUUCAGUGGGGACUUACUCAAAGUAAUCCACCUCUUUAUGCCACUAGAAUCAUGAAUUAGUAUUAAUAUGUGUAGCUCAGACUAUUGCUCGUUGGAGUUGGCUGUUAAGUUUUGCUCUGACCAACCAACCAGAGGGUGGGAAAAUGCUGACGGCACUGUGAGGGCAAAUUUCAAAUCUGCAGUCCAAUUGCUAAUGGACUUGAAAUUACAUCAGACAGCACUCCUGAUUCUGAAGGUCCUGAGCAGAUUAGAUGGACAUGGCAGCACAUAGAGGCUGAAAUCUGAUUGGCCCCCCAAAAAAAUUCUAACAUCCACGUUCACAUAUUGGAAGCAGUGCAGUCAAGAGAAACGCUAUGAAACGAAGGAAAUAAACUGUUGGGACUGCAUUAUGCAAGUUCACGGAACAAAUCUAAGAUGUUGUAGGUGGACUGCAUUGCUAUAACACAAAAUUGGUCUCGAUCCAGAUUUUAUGGGACCGGAUCACAAAAACAGGCCUCCUGAAGGAGAAUCAUAGUACAGUUGUACUUGCCUCUCACAGGUAGCGUUGCAGUGUAGAGGCCUUCUUUGUGCAUCUUUCGUCCAACCCCAGACACAGACAUCUGCGUGGGUCAGAUGGAAUGCCAUUGAAAGUCAGCGUUGUUAAAUUCUGUGUGAACAAGCGCAGCGGUUCGGUGGUGGACUCACUUUUAAUUUUACGACACUGCACUUCACAGUCUGGGUGGAAAAUGAGGUAUGCAUCACUGUUUGCUUUUCACCACAUCAAGUCAUAAACAGGUGAUUGUCUAAAUGUGGAAAGAGUGAAAAUCAAGCUACUAGUUGCAACAUCACAUGUAGGAUGCACUUCAGCAAAUAGCGUAUUUGAUAUUGUGUUACGGGAAGCUGGUACAAUCAAUGGACUUGGCUGACAUUUAAAGGUAUUUACAGUGCUGCAAUGUAUGAUUACAAAGCAUUCUGUUGAUUACUGAAUCCAAAUGAACUCUGGUCAGUGAAUUUUUGACCUCCUUGACAUCCAGUUUCACUUAUUAAAGUACAUACAAUGAAAUGUUCGGUCUGUUUGCGCAGAGAUCUCACCGGCUACAAAGUAUCAUGUUAUGUUUUCAUUCGUAUUUUGACGUAUGAAAAAAAAAAUAGAUGGAAUGUGAAUAUAUAUUUUUUAAUAAUAUUAAAUUGCAUUUGGACCAAA